AUGGCCACUUUAGCGACCUUCAAGCCGCCCGCGGUGCAAAAUGAGCCAACUCUAAACUACGCCAGAGGCUCACCGGAGCGGGAGAAGCUUGCGAGUGCAAUUGCUGCGUUCAAGAAACAGGCUCCUUUACAGAUUCCCCUUGUUAUUAAUGGGGAGGACGUAACAACGGCCUCCGAAGUGCAAACUCAACUCAACCCGUCCGCCUACAAGACCACUCCUGUCGCCAGGUUCCAAGCGGCUGGCCCACAGGAAGUCAACUUGGCCAUAGACACAGCGUUAGCUGCGAAGAAGGCUUGGGAGGCAUUGCCCUUUGCCGACCGAGCGGCGGUCUUCUUGAAAGCUGCUCAUCUCGUGAGUACCAAGUAUCGGUAUGAGCUGAUGGCGGCAACGAUGGUGGGCCAGGGGAAGAAUGCGUGGCAGGCCGAGAUUGAUGCUGCGGCUGAGUUGUGUGACUUCUUGAGGUUCAAUGUCCAGUAUGCUGCUGAGAUAUACACACAGCAGCCGGUCCAUAAUGCUCCCGGGGUUUGGAACCGAUUGGAAUAUCGCCCCCUUGAAGGCUUCGUCUACGCCGUCUCGCCAUUCAACUUCACCGCUAUCGGAGGCAACCUCCCCGCUGCCCCUGCGCUCAUGGGAAACGUAGUGGUCUGGAAACCAUCCCCAUUCGCCGUCGCAGCAAAUUACCUAACCUACAGUAUCCUCGUCGAAGCCGGACUCCCGCGCGGGGUCAUCCAAUUCGUCACCGGCGACGCAGAACAAAUCACAAAAACGGUCCUCGACCACCCCCACUUCGCCGCCUUGCAUUACACAGGCAGCACAGCAGUCUUCCGCUCUCUCUACGGCAAAAUCGCUCAGGGCGUCGCAGACGGCAAAUACAUCAGCUACCCGCGCAUCGUCGGUGAGACAGGCGGGAAGAACUUCCACCUCAUCCACCGCAGCGCCGAUAUCCCCAAUGCAGUGAAGAACACCGUGCGCGCCGCCUUUGAGUUCCAGGGCCAGAAAUGCAGCGCCUGCUCGCGCGCCUACGUGCCCUCAAGCAUCUGGCCUGAAUUCCGCGGCCAGCUCGUCGCGGAGACCAAGGCGCUGAAAAUCGGGGAUCCGGAGGAUUUCUCCAACUUCAUGGGCCCUGUGAUCCAUGCGGCGGCAUUUAAGAAGCUCUCGUCCGCCAUCGAUGAGGCGAAUAAGGAUUCCCGCCUCGAGUUGCUGGCUGGCGGCAGCUAUAGCGAUGAGACGGGCUACUUCAUCCACCCGACCGUCUACGCGACGACCGAUGCGACGCAUCCGAUUCUCAGUACGGAGUACUUCGGCCCCAUCUUGGCCGUCCUUGUGUACGAUGAUGGUGCUGACGGGGCAGGAGGAUCAAGCGCGUUUGAAUCCAUUUGUAAAACCAUCGAUGCGACUAGCCCGUACGCGCUGACGGGGGCGAUAUUUGCGCAAGACCGCGCGGCGGUGUCGUAUGCGGAAGACGCGCUGCGGAGCGCUGCGGGGAACUUUUAUAUCAAUGUUAAGUGUACGGGGGCUGUGGUGGGCCAGCAGCCGUUCGGGGGCGCGAGGGCGUCCGGUACGAAUGACAAGGCGGGGAGUAUUGGGUUGUUGAAUCGGUUUGUGAGUGUUAGGGCGUUGAAGGAGGAGUUUGAGGGGCUGCAGAAGGUGAAGUAUGUUAGUAACGAGUAA